ACACAACUAAUAUGAAUAGGGUUCACACAUGCUGGAUGACAGACAGACACGCAAACACUGAAGUCACAGGAGCGGGAGACAUCCCUGAGCGACUGAGGAGCUGCUCGUCAGGUACCGCGACACUUCCAGAACGGGCAGUGACGACUCCUGAGCUCAUUGGCGAACGUCAGCCGAGUGCAUCCUGCAGGUGUAGCAGUCAUGGGAAGCAGGUGUCUGCCGGUUCCCACACAGGCAGCAGUGAGUUUAGGGAAUGGCCACUGCUCAGGAACGCAAGCCUAAAAGGCCUCACUACAUUCCUCGCCCGCCGGGGAAGCCGUUCAAGUACCAAUGUUUCCAGUGUCCCUUCACCUGCAACGAGAAGUCCCACCUCUUUAACCACAUGAAAUACAACCUGUGCAAAAACUCCAUCUCCCUGAUGUUGCACAAAAACAGUCAGGCGACUCGGCAGAUCAAGGCCGUAACAAAGGCCCGCCCCGUGAAAUCUAAGGAAGUUCCCGUCCGACAGGAAGAGGAGAACACAGCGGAGAUGAGCGAUUCGACGGAAGAGGUCGACGUUGAGAACGACAGUCCGGAGGAGAAGGAAGGCCAGAGUUUGCCGAACACGAGCAACGUUCCAGCGAAGGAGGUGAAGUCCCCGCCUCGCCCAUCUGCCUUCUCCCUGGUGGCGCCCAACCGCGACGGAGCAGAAGCCUUUAAGUCGUCUGUGCCGCUGUCAGACGGUUCGCACCCUCUCAUUCCCGCCUUCGAGCGCCCAGCAUUCCCAUGGACUCUUAAACCAUUCCCCACCCCCUUGAGGCCAGAUUACACUCCUUAUUUCAGGCCUUUCUAUUCUUCAUAUUACCAACCUGCAAGCCAUAAUGCAAACGAGACCGUUCCGUCUCCUCUGCGGCUUGACUUUCCGGAUCCCCAGAGGCAAGUGGUGCCACACGCCAUUGCCCCGCCUCCAGCUUCACUCUCCGUCCCUUACUCGUACCGAUACUGUCACCCGAUCCUCUCAGGACAGCAAUUUCACUACAGCCUGUACAGACCCCAUGAGCUCUCAAGAUAUCUUCCUUCGGACUGGUACGGGCCAACCCUGGCUUCUGAAGAUUACGACUUCUACAUGCGACCCAGUCACAAUCAUUUCGCUGAACAAGCACAGCUCAGGCAAAGUGGCGACAAGGAGAUCAGGCUGAGCCCAAAGGAGGGCUGUUCUGCUCUGGGCUCCCCUGACAGACCCAGUCACGCACAAAUCACACAGAAGGACGGCGAGGGAGCGCCGCGAGACACCGGCCUGGAUGAGCGGCGGCCGUCGACAGUGGAGCAAAACAUGCAGACUGACGCCAGGCGCAAGGACACUGCUGAAAGCUUGCUGCAGCUGGGAACGCUGCUCGUGGACACAAGAUCGGCUGAGAGCGGCACAUAUUCUGGCGUGUCCGAGUUUUGUGCGGAAGCUAACUCGGGAAAGGAAGAAGAGGACAACAGAGGCGUACCGGCACCGCUAAACCUCUCAACGAGAAAUUCGGACAGCUCGGACACAGGGAGGCCACGGGGUGCAGAGUUGCCGCUCAAUCUCAGCCUCCGCUCUCCUCACGCCGGUCUCACGGAUGAGGAAGCGUGUGACCAGAGGCAAACGGCGGCGCUGGCGCUCUGUCAGCUCGCCAUCGCCAGCUCGGCCGCCUCUGUGCGUGACUUUGAGCGAGCCCGUCGAACAGCGGAACAUUCGGGCCCGACGGAAAAGAGUGAACACGACAGCAAGCCCAACGCGACGGGCGUGAAACGAGUCAACGGCGGCCUUGCUAAAUCCAACAUGUACAAAGCAAGGAAGAGAGCAAAAGCGGCAGCGCGGCCUGCGAGGAGGAGGCCACGCUGCUGAUGAACACGUAAUCAUAUACAGCAAACCUCGCAUAUUGGCAGGUCAACAUUUGAAAAAAGUCGCGUAUUUGCAGGGGAACUUAUACUCCCUUAUUCGCUUUUGUGCUCAGGCCAAAACAAUAGCAGUGGUCCAAUACCUGGUGGCAUCUUAGUGCCAAGCACAUAAUUUGAAGUGAGUUGAGGAGCUUCAUUUAGACAAAAGUAGUCCCUAGCUACCAACUUGUGGCAUUUAUAGGCAAUUGAAGGGGGCAUCAAUUAUUCACAGAUCUUUGCUAUUCGCGGCGGGAUAGGCUGCUGCCAAUAGCGGAGGUUCACUGCCAUUAAGAAGAGAAAAGCAAAACGCAAGAGAAGCAAAAGCAAGUACUUUUUGCUGCAAGACAAGAUCAGCCUAUUGAACAUCCACAUUACUGAAGCACUGAAACACUCUCAAUACUUGAGUUGGGAAACGUCAAAUAGCUCUACCUAUCAUGUACAGUAUGUAAAAAAGUCCAAGCGCACAUUAGCUACACCUGCAUUAUUUGAACAAAAAUAACAGCAAAGUGGUACAUUGACUUAUGAGUUAUUUAUCUAUAUGAGUAGACAAAACAUCAUAUGUACUGAUAAUGUUAUCAGUAAAGAUGUUUUUUCUUUUUGUAUCAUACUUUUGUGCAGGUGUACCUAAUAAAUGGCUUGAAUGCGUGUGCAUGCCUUUGUUGGGAAAGGUGACAUUGAAUGUUUAUAGAGGCAUGUUUUGAUGACUAUCUGGACACUUUUUGAAGAAAGCAAAUAAAAACAUGAAUGAAGACAUUUUGAAAAUGACACAUUUAUAAGAAGCUAAUGAUGACUUGCCAUCUGUUAAUCUGGAGGGCAGCAGCAGGCCUCUUCUGCCAAGUUCGGCAAGGGCCAGACAGCCUCCGUGCCAAGUGUCUGUCUCCUGGAAGCUUCGAUAGGAACACACAAAGCGUGUCAACGUGCUGGGAACAUGAAAAUACGGCCGUAUACUAAACAACCAACCAGAAGCAGUCCAGCACUGAUGCCACCACCUCGUCCGCUAGCUCCUUGGGAAGCCGCCCGGUCACUCUCCCAACACUGAAAGAGUUCAAACACACCAUUGAAUUUCAAAUGUACCAAAAAGCAGGAAGAAUGCUUGACCAUAUAAAAAAAAUAAUAAUAA